CGAAAGCCGCGGCAGGAGCCGAGGCCGGGGGCCGAGGCGGGGGCUCCCGGGGCUGUCCGAGCGCGCCGCCUCCUGCUCGGUCUCUACCUGGUGGGCUUCUUGGAUUUGUUUGGUGUAAGCAUGGUUGUCCCUUUAUUGAGCCUUCAUGUCAAGUCUCUUGGAGCAAGUCCAACAGUUGCUGGAAUUGUAGGCUCCUGCUAUGGCAUUUUGCAGCUCUUUUCUAGCACAGUGGUGGGUUGCUGGAGUGAUGUGGUUGGAAGACGGUCUUCCUUGCUGGUGUGCAUUCUUUUCAGUGCCUUGGGUUAUCUUAUUCUUGGAGCAUCUACCAAUGUGUUCUUGUUUGCCCUUGCUAGAGUCCCUGUGGGUAUUUUUAAACACACUCUCUCCAUUUCAAGGGCUCUGCUUUCUGAUCUGGUUACAGAGAAGGAACGGCCACUAGUAAUUGGACAAUUCAAUACAGCGUCCAGUAUGGGCUUCAUCUUGGGCCCCAUGAUCGGUGGAUAUCUUACUGAAUUAGAUGGUGGAUUUUAUCUAACAGCCGUCAUCUGUUUUUCUGUCUUCGUUCUCAAUGCUGGUCUCAUUUGGCUGUUUCCAUGGAGUGAGGUAAAACUCAACAGUACAAAGAAUGGCCUGCCGUUGGAUAAGAACCAUGCACUUUUGGGCGAGAGACACUGUGAGGUGCGGGAAGCGACCAAGCCCCGUGGGCCCCCGGUGAGUGGGAGGACUGCUCGGCUGCCCUGGGGGGACGUCGUGGCAGCGUUGCGGGGCCUGAAGCGCCUGAUCUUCUCUGAAAUGUGGGACAUAUUUCUCAUGCGCCUGCUGAUGGGCGUGGCUGUCAUGCUGUACCACAGUAACUUUGUCUUGGCCCUCGAGGAGCGCUUUGGGGUGAGGCCCAAGAUGACGGGCUACCUCAUCAGUUACAGCAGCGCGCUGGGGGCCCUGGCUGGCUUCGCCCUGGGGCCCAUCCUGCGUCUGUACAAGCACAACUCCAGGGCGGUCCUGCUGCACUCCAGCGCGCUCACCUUCACGCUGCUGCUGCUCUACUCCACGGCCCACACCGUGGGCGUUGUCGUCUUCUCCUCCACUCUCCUGUCCUUCACCACCGCCAUUGGCAGGACUUGCAUCACCGACCUCCAGCUGACCGUGGGCGGGGCCCAGGCCAGUGGCACCCUCAUCGGCAUGGGGCAAUCUGUGACGGCGGUGGCCCGGGUCAUCGCCCCCCUCCUCUCAGGACUGGCCCAGGAGGUUAGCCCUUGUGGCCCCCCCAGUCUGGGGGCUGCCUUAGCCUUAGUGGCUAUUAUCAUAAUGUCACUAAAGAGACCUCGCUAUGGUGGUGAUGGGAGUGAUAAAGUAAAAAGCGACUAGAGUGGAUUUGGACAACACCAGGAAACAACCCGAGUGUGUGAAUGAGGGGCAGAGGCCAUAGGGAGCAGGAUGCUUUGGAAAGGGUGGGUGGUGUCAGUGAAACGACUUACUUCCACCUGGGUGUCCUUUGUUGGUGGCUUCCAGCUCAGCCUUCAGCUCUGCAUUUAGGCCUGUGGGGUGAUCACAAGUCACAGUGGCACAGACAAAGGUUAGGAUUGGAGCAAAGCUUUGCCAAAGGGGAAGGUAUUUUAUGUUUACCUAAAAGUCU